GCUCCAGUGUCCUCUGCCCUUGGAGAGGCAGUGGUCAAGGGAGACGCAAAGUGACCCACACCAACUUUCAAAACAAGUACAAUGCAAAAGAUCAGGUGACGGUGUCUUGGGAUUCGUCUCCCUGCUGCAGAACGAGUCAGGACCAUCCUGGAUCCUCUCUGAGCCUGCUGUGUUCAUUAUUGUUCAGGGAACAAACUGUCCUGGGCUUGUGGCUACUGUUUAUCAUUCAUUCUGUGUUAGGCAGUCCACCUGUGACUCAGGGAGCAGAAGGAGGCCAUGGAGGUUCCUCUGGUCAACUUUGAGAACCUGGACGAGAUCAGAAUCAACCUGGCAGACCCAAGUGAUUCAGGAUAUCUGGCCUCACCCACUUCUGAGACACCAGUACGAAAUCGCAUGACCCGCAGAACAAAUUCACUGGGACAUUUACAGCAGGGGCAGGGUCAUCCUGGAAACACACCUGUCUCUCCCACAACAGCCCCCAAAAAAGGUACAUCAAGCUGCAACAGUCUCAUCUCUAAUUGGAAGGUAUAUAUGAGCAGUGAAGGCAGUCCCAAUGAGGGUCUCUUAGGCAAAAUGGCUAAAGAUUGUUGUGAGGACAUGUUUGGGGAAAAGCAGAAACUUGAGGAGGGGGACCAGAGAGUAGUCAUCAAUGUCUCAGGGAUGAUGUAUGAGACGACACUCAAAACCCUGAACCAGUUCCCUGACUCAUUGCUUGGAGACCCUAAGAGACGGAUCGACUAUUUCGACCCAAUGAAGAAUGAGUAUUUCUUUGACCGCAACCGUCCCAGUUUUGAUGGAAUCCUAUACUUCUAUCAGUCUGGGGGUAAGAUCCGCAGACCAGCAAAUGUGCCACUGGAUGUUUUUGCAGAUGAUAUUGUGUUCUACAGGCUGGGUCACGAGGUGAUGGAACAAUUCAGAGAGGAUGAAGGUUUCAUCAAAGAGCCUGAGCCUCAACUGCCGAAAAGUGAGAUUUCCCUUUGGUUCUGGCUCCUGUUUGAGUACCCAGAGAGUUCUAGCGCUGCCAGAUCUGUGGCCUUAGUGUCUGUUCUCAUUAUCACCGUUUCCAUCUGCAUCUUUUGCCUAGAGACUCUGCCAGAGUUUCGUGAUGAUCACACUCUCACCCGUGAAGUUUUUAAUAUAACCCGUGAUGCUAAUGGCACUCUCCUGUCCCUAGGACCUUCUCCAAAAGGAAGAAAAGUGUGUUCACAGAACCCCUUCUUUAUAGUAGAAACAAUCUGCAUCAUCUGGUUCUGUUUCGAGUUAGGAGUGCGCUUCAUUGUGUGCCCCAGCAAGAGUGAGUUUUUCAGCAAUUUCAUGAACAUGAUUGAUUUCAUCUCCAUCAUGCCCUACUUCAUCACGGUUAUCACAGACCUGAUGGUAUCUCAAGAAGAAGACUCAGUAGCUAACCAGAACUUGUCUUUGGGUACACUGAGAGUUAUCCGAUUGGUGAGGGUUUUCAGGAUCUUCAAGCUCUCCCGCCACUCCAAAGGACUCCAGAUUCUGGGGCAGACCCUGAAAGCCAGUAUGAGGGAGCUUGGCUUGCUUGUCUUCUUUCUCUUUAUCGGAGUCAUCCUCUUCUCCAGUGCCGUUUAUUUUGCAGAGGUUGAUGAACCUGAAACACAAUUUGUGAGCAUCCCAGAGGGGUUCUGGUGGGCUGUGGUCACCAUGACUACAGUCGGCUAUGGUGAUAUGUGCCCAAUCACCGUGGGGGGUAAGAUGGUCGGCAUUCUCUGUGCCAUCGCAGGUGUGUUGACCAUUGCUCUUCCUGUUCCUGUUAUUGUUUCCAACUUCAACUAUUUCUACCAUCGUGAAACGGAGCAGAGAGAGAAGCUUAUGAUGGAUGCAGCUGGAGAGGCAGCUGCAAACCAAAGAAAUUCUGAGAAAUAUGAUAGCAUCUAUUCUCUGGACAAGAGCAACAGAGAUUGGCAGACUGAAAAAAAUGGCAUUCCUUGAAAAAUGUAGUGCUGCUAAAUCUUGUAUGACUAGCAAUAAUAAGACAAUGCAACAAUGCACUUAGAAAAAUUUAGUUUUGGAUUGACAAAUGCAUAAUAUAGAUUUCCAUUUAUGUAUUUAAUGCUAUGCAUACACGGACAGUUCUUAUAAUAUCAAGAAACCUCAAAAAUGAUGUAGACCUGGCCAAAGUUGCUGGAAACAUCUUACAUAUAUAAUUGUGCUUCACUUCUUAACCUGACAAAGGCUGUUUAAGUGGAAUUUCCCUUUAAUGCUUCCUAUCCAUCUUGAAGCACUGGAUAUUAAUCACUAUGGAAAAAAAAAAACAAAUGUAAAAUUACCUAUGAGGGCUUUUUGGCAGUAUCAGUGCAUUUGGCUGAGGUCACAACAUGCUAAUUUAACAGAUAUUAGGUGCCUGUUUUGCAAAGCUCUUGAAUUGAUUAAUUAAGGAAUCAUGAUUCUACACUCUGAGCCUCCUUGCCACUACUGCACUUGGCUGAACAGGUCAUUCCUGUAGAGAUUAAUGCUGACAUCCCUGUUGACAUUGCUGCUGCUCAAAGACAAAAAAAAAAACUUGCACCAAGCUGUGAUCCAUCAUUCAUAUUACUAUCUGUCUCAUUUGAAGUAUCUCACAUAGUAUUUAACAUCAUAGUUAAUCAGGCUUGUUUGUUUUAAUAUAUCCAAAGCAUGUAACAGUGGUAUAUUUAGAUGACCCACACUGUCAUAGCAGCAUCUGCUGGCCGUCCCACAUUUAUGCAGGUAUUGCUAUUUAUAUCAGUAUUAACCUAAAAUAUGGAGAGUGGCCUGCAACCUCUGUAGCUCCAAAUCUACAGUGAAAUGUUCAGAUGAUGUCCAGCACCUACUGUUAAUUCUGCAUGACACCCAUCUUGCAUCUGUCCAAUUCAUGUCUACUUUCUGACCUGAACCAUGUGGCACAGUCUUAUACAGUCUUAACAACUCUUAUUGUUGGGUCACCUUGUAAUAAUACAGUGUAUACUAUAUACACAAGCACUGUAGAUUUAAAGAAAUUUAAUAUAACAAAUGUAAGGUUUUAUAUUUAUGAGGUGACAGAGUUAUGGCAGAAUAACAAACAAAUUGCAUGAUGUGAAUUCCAUUAGUAGAAAGCAUUAUCAUCUAUACUUCACAACUUUAUAGUUUAUCAGUAACCUCAUUAUUAGGAUUCAGCAUUUUAAACCACCAAACCAAAUAAAACACCUUGUACCAUGUAUGUAUCAUCACUAAAGUAUCCUACCCUUAAAUAUUACCCACCCAUCCUUACUUCCUUAAAGCCUUUUCAGUAAGAAACCAAAAGCCCCUUAAGUUGUGUAAUAAUGAAACAAUAUAUGAGCGACCACUUCCUCUAUUGCUGCUGCUUUUGCUAAACAUCUGACACAAUGAUAACUGAACAUGGUAAUCCUCACAUUGCGCACACAGUACCCAUGAUGGAAAUGCACAAAUUGCAUUUAUAUCUUUUUGAAAGUUCUUUUUUGCUCAGGGUAGAAUUUUAAAUGUCAUUAUCUAGCAAAUAAGGCUUCAUGCUAUUUGUUUGAUAUAAAAUGUAUAGGAAAAAGCACUUGUAGCAUUCAUAAGAUUCUUCACCUGGCAGUGCAUUUUCUUAUUUUUUAAUAUAUUGUAUAUACUGAUGCUGGAGUAUUCAAAGCAGGUGAUUUCUCAUAGGUGUUAGUUGUCAGCCAUGUUUUGAGCUCAGGCCAGAAAAGCAUGACUGUAGAGAACCUAUUUUGGCUAUUGGCAUCAAGACUGAAGGUAGAGAUUAAAAACCGGAUUCACCUAAUAUGGAUGAACCUGGAAGCCUGUGCCUAUAGAAAGAAAAUACAUAUAAUAAGUAUCUUACAAGCGAUCAAGGAGCUUUGCAUUCUAUGCAUGGGAAUGAACAUGUAUAUUGUACCUGAGAAGGAUGUAUCAUCAACACAUUUGCACAUGCCAAAUGUUCUAUUUCAUUGCUAUUAUUUGAGAGUUCAAGUAUGACCAAUUGUGACCUGGACGCAUUGUGAGCCAGACAUAACAAUGAAAAAUGUACCUCUGUGAAUAGCUGUUUUCUCGUUGCACAUUUAGCACUUUUGUAAGUGGAGGAUUCACAAAGCACCGUCAUCAGGCUGGUCGCAGGUGCACCCUUUGACUUGUUUUGUGUUUGUUGUUAAAUUGUCUGUUUAGCUGUUUCUGUUGGAGCAAUGAAUGUUGUAAGGCAUUGUUGCUGUCGUUGCAUCAUAUGAUGACUCUGUUGCCAAGGAUUAGAAGGAUGCCUAUCAAACAAAAACAAUCACGGUUUUCCUUGCAGUGUAUUUCUAUAUACAGUACUGGUUUUUAAUACAAUACUGUAUAUUAACUGCAAGUGCAAUGUGUUGGUUGAAAAUAGAGAAGAAAAUCUGGUCUGAAACAGUGUGAUUACCCAAUUUUCUCAUUUAUUCACUGUACAUCCCAUUAGUGUUUAAAUAAGGGUUCUAGAACUCUAGAACCUAGCCAGGGAGUUCUAAAAUUCUAAACCAUCUUAGAAUUCUACAACUUUGGUCUAGAUGUGUGUUCAAAUAAUGUAGAUUUUUGGCAGAUCUACACAUUUGAGGAAUGCAAUGCAAAAUGAUUUGAAAGAUGAGCAAAUAUACUCAGAUCUGUUUGAAAUCUGUGUUGUUAUAACACACUCUUAAUUUUUCCAGACUGACUACACAGAAUAGCUUUAGACCAGAAGCAUACAGAUAUUCUAACAAGUACCUUAUACUUUUACUAUUUUCCCAUCUGUAGUAUGCUCUACAAUACAAUUCUUUUUCUUUUCUACUACAUGAAAUGUACAAAAUGAUUAAAAAUACAAUGGAGUAUAGAGGACAAAUAAGAAAUUUGGUAUCUUCUACAUUUCUGAAGCGUUUUACUAUUACAACAGGACAAUCUAAUCACUAAACGUUAUGCAUACAUAAUCUGUCUACAUACAAAGAAACAUCAACAAUGCUAUGAAAUAAUCUCAAA